AUGCGGAUGCCUCAAACUGAUCUGCCCCCGCACAGGGCCGUAGCGCGAUUGGAAUUGAGCUCAGAUUCCCGCGGCCGCCGGCGGCCGAACAUUGCCGCGCGUUUAGGUAUGUGGGCCAGUUGCCAAGUUCGCUAUAAAAUCGCGCUGGCCGCUAAGCGGCUCGGGUCAGCCAUUCGACAUUUGAAUACAAUACGAGAAAUGCGCGCCACCCGCCGACGCGCGCCUACUUCGAGAGCUGAG